AUGGCAGAACCAGAGCCUCGUAUGUCUGCCGCUGCGGUCCUUCAACCCAUCCGCAACGUCGUGUCGGCUUCCGCUCUCUAUCCAUUCAAGGGAAUCUGGUAUUUCGGCGCGCACCGCGAGUUCUGGCCCCUCUUCGGGCGCCGUCUGAUCCCCUUGCUCUUUACCUCAAUCGUGGUUCUUGGUCUAUUAUUCACAUUCACAUACCUGCCACAGGUCGCUUUCCUAGCUAUAUUCCAUGGCCCGGUGGCAUGGUUCAAUGCGGCGUUUCUGGUUCUUGGGGAGGGGCAAAUCUUGAUCGCGUUACUAUUCGAGGCUCUGCUCGUUGACGAGACGCUUGUUAAUGUCUUUGAUGGAAUCCUCAUACGCGAAGGCCUAAUCGACCUCGUCUCCCCCUCCCGCAUCCUCUACCACGACGCCCCCAAUUCCGUAAAAAUGCUCGGCAAGCCCACCUCCUCCGCUAUCUACUCCCCCUUUUCCUUCCGCCAAAUCUUCGAAUUCAUCUUCUUUCUUCCCCUCAACCUAGUCCCUAUAAUCGGUACCCCCUUCUUCCUGCUCAUAACGGGCGCCCGCGCCGGCCCUUUGCACCAUUACAGAUAUUUCAAACUACGAUGCUUGACAGGUAAACAGAAGAAGAAUGAGAUUAGGUCGCGCAGGUGGAAGUACACCUGGUUCGGCACCGUAGCGUUGAUGUUGCAGUUGGUGCCGGUGCUCAGUAUGUUCUUUCUCUUGACGACGGCGGCGGGGAGUGCCCUGUGGGCUGUGAAACUGGAAGAACAGAAGAGAUUGAUCGCGGAGGCUCCUGUGCCUGUUCCGGGGCCCAUGACAGAUGAGGAGGCGCCUCCACCGCCUUAUGCCGAUAAUCCUAUCUAG